AUGAACGUUCAAUGCAAUGACAUAGUAUAUUUUAAAUACUAUAGUGAUAAAUAAAAAGGAAUAAUUUCCGGUGAUGGUAUUGCUAAUAAUAAAUUAGAAUGCGUAUCUAUAAAGCAAGGAAAAAAAUAUGAAGAAUAAGACCAAACAAAUUUCUAAUAGGAAAAUGAGCAAAAUUUCUCCGAAAAAGAAACAUAAUACCUUAAAAAAAAUGCAGCUUUAAUUUUCAGAAAAUGUCUUUUCAGAGUUAAAUGUGCACCUAAAUAUACGAAUUAAAAUCUUUUAAUUUUUAAGAAAACUACUCUUAAUUAGAAAGAUCCUCUUCUUAAUAAUAUGCAAACAUUACAAAUUGAAGAUUUAGAAAAAGCAGCUCAAGAAGAAAUUGAGGAAAAUUAAAGAUUCGCGGAAAGAUCUAAAAAAUUAAAUUUAAUUUAUGGGUAAUAAGUUUAAUUAGAACAUUUAUAUUCUGGAUGUAUUCUUACUAUCAAUCCUGAUGUUUUGGCCUAUGAAUAUUGCUGUAAGGAGGCUAGUUUAGAAGAAACAGCUAAUGAAUGGUCGAAUUUCAUCAUUAAAUCAGCUAAUAAUUCCAAAAAAUUAGGAGAACCGAUAAUGUAUUUAGAUUAAAUAGCCCUUUUCUGCGCCAAAGACCCGAACUUUGCCAUAAAUAUAUCCCAAAAUAAUGAAUUAUGCGACUAAAAUAAGAAUUCUUAAUCAUCUUUUGACUACGGUUUGGAAGUAAAUAGCACAGAUAAAUCUGCACCUUUAAAAAUUUACUAAUUCAUGGACAGUUAAACUGAAGAAGACCGAAAACUUUAAAAAAUAAACUGCACAAGCACCUUAGAAUCCGGUGAAGUAGUAUAUUUAAUAAAUAAAAGAGUAAAAAUAAGUAUGGAUAAAAUAGUCAAAAAUGAUACAUUAGAUGACUAAAUAUAAUCUCUUUGGGAAAUUCAAAAAAUUAAAAGUUUUGAUAGUACUUUAGCUGAAUAUUCUGAUUUUUAUAGAAUUAAAAAUGUUUGGACAGGACUUUAUUUAUGUAUCUAAAAUAAUGAAAUUUCCCUUUGUCAUGAUGGCAAUUUAGAAUAGGCUUGGUUUUAGUUCUAACCGAAAAAAAGCGUACUUUUGACAUUUUAAAAUGUCUAGUUUUAAUAAAAAGUUAAGAUAUAGUAAGAAGUUUAGGGUUAGGUGUAUUUUGUGAAAUGUGGAGGGUCUCAUAGUUAGGGUUUGGUUUAAAUUAUUAAUAAAUAUUAACUUAAUAAGGAAAAAAGAGAUUCGGCAAAAUUUGAAAUUAUUUAAGGCAAAUAAAAAUUAAUUAUUUAACAUUUAGAAAACUUCCUUUAAUAAGAUUCUAAAUUAAAAAUGAAAUAAAAAAUAUUACUAGACGCCGGAAUAAUAAAUAUUCUCCUAUACAUCGUAAAGUUAAUUCAUUUUAAAAUCUAUGGUCAAAAAAAAGAAGAAACCGAAUAAUAUAAUAUUCCUGGUUUAGGCAUUUAAAUAUAAGAAAUUCCUGAAAAAACAGCAUAAAAAAUCGCAUAAUUAAAAUUACAAAACAUUGUCACAUCUUUAUAUAAUAUUUUAAAUUUAUGUAUAAGAGGAAACUAAGACUGUGCUUCAUAUUUAUUAAAUUUUCAAGAUGAUAAUUUCCUAAUCGAUUAAUUAAAAUACCAUAAAGAACCAGUAACCUUAUUAUUAAAAGAGGCCGUUAGAUAUGCCGAAUCUGGUACAAACGAGAUUAAUGUAUUAAAAUGGAUACAAAAACUCCAGACCGUAAGUGAAGAAAACAUACAAGAGUAAACUUUUAUUAUUGAAUUAUUAAGUUUAAGUAUUACAGAUCCUUUAGAAAAUUCAAUUAGUUAAUUCCAACAUGCUUGUAGGAAGUAACUUUUUAGAUAAAAAAAAUUUAAAAAUGAGGACUAUGAAGAAGAAGGAAUCGACUAAAUUACAAAUCCAAUAGAAAUCUCUCUUUUUAACUUUAGCAUAGAAGAUAAAAAACCAAUAAUUAUAUUUAACUGUAAAAAUUCAUAGUAAGACUUUUUAGAGAAAAACUAAAAUUUGUGCAAUUUAUAUAAAAAAGCCAGAACUAAAAAUAUUGAUUUUUACGACAAUGAAAAAAACAAUAAAACCAAUUAAAGUUAUUACAAUUAUUUUGAUUUGAGAUUUCUGAAUAAAUUCGCUGAAAUUUAAUUGGCUAAUAGAAAUUCUAAUAUAGUCGAAAAAUAUGAAUACUAUGCGCUAGAAGUAUUAAACUUAUAUAGUCAAUUAAGCAAAAAUAGAAAUUAUAAAAUUAUUUAAUACCUCAAUUCUAUAGGAUUAACUAAAGAAUUUGUCUAUUUAGCUUUAUAGGAAAAGUUUAUUGAUAAAAACAACAUUUUAUAUUAUAAAGCCUUCCUGAAUAUUUACUAGAGUCUUGUUUUAGAUUGCUAGCCUUUAAUAAAAAUUUCUGAAUAUUCAAACUAUUGUUUUUUAUCAUAGGAUUUAAGAAAAUUUAACUUCUAAAAUGAUCCUACAUACAAACUUUUUAGAGAAAUAGUUGUAGAGUAAAAAAUAAAGACGUAAAUUAAUAAAUAUUUAAAAAAUGAAAAAAAUGGAAUAGAAUUUAAAGAAUAUAAUAUGUUAGAAAUUUAUGCUAAUUGUGUUGUUGGUGAUGAAAAUUAAAAUAAUAUGUAUUCUUUAAAUAUUUAAGAAGAUUUUUUAUCAAAUACGGAAGAAAUUCCUUAAAGAUUAAAUAUUGAUUAUUUUCUCAAUUAAAAAAAAAUUUCUGAUUCUUUUACUUUACCUUAAUUGUCUGAAUACAUGAUGGAUAUUUUCUUGUCAAUGUUAAAAAUAAUUAAAUUUAGAAUUGAUCUUGGAUACAAUACAUAACAAUAAAAUAAUUAGAUUUUAUAAAAAAUUCCAAAUUUGUUUUUUGCAUACAUUGAUUUUAAAUCAAAUAAUAAUUUAUAAAAUUUCCUUCCACUUUCAAAUUUAAAAUAAUAAAAUUUUAAAAAUUACUAAUAAAAUUGGAUUUAUAAAUUUAUUUUUUACCAUUUAAAGCAAUUCAAUUAAGAACUUUUAAUAAUAAAAGUAAAAAAAAUAAAUUUUUAAACUAUAUAUAUUUCUUUUUUUAUUUUUUUAAAAAGGUGUAUACAGAAACUAUAUAAAUAAUUAGUAUUUUAAAUAAAUUAAAAAUAAGUUUAAAAGUAAUAUAAUUUUUUAAAUUUAUCAACUUUAAUAUUUAAAUAGAUAGAAUAUAUAGAAAAAGGAUAAAGAUUAGAAGAACCAAUGUUAAAAUUAUUAAUAGAAAGUUUUAAUUAUAAUAAAUAAGUAGAAAGCAUAGUAAAAAAAAUUUAAAUAAUUGAAAACGAAUACGAGUUAGAUAUAUUUAAAAAAAUAAACGGACUAAGUGAAAAUCAUGCAUUAAAAUCGCCUAAAGAAAUAGAAUAUUUAACAAAAAAAACAAUUUAAUUUAUGAAAUUAUACUAAUAAAAUAAUGGUAAUUUAGAUAAUGUUUAAAUAAAAUUACUAAAUAAUUAUAAGGAAUCUUUUUCUUAAUUAUAAUAAUGUAUUGAAAGUAUUAAUGGUAUAUUUAAGUUAUAAGAAGAAGACGAGUUUUAGAAAUAAAAUUAUUAAAAAAAUAAAAAUGCGCUUUAAAAUAUUAUCAGGAAUUCUAAUAUUUAAAAAUAUUUAAUUGAUCUUAUUAAUAAUUGUGUUUUUGAAGAUUCUUAUUUUUUAGAUUUUUUUAGAAAAUUAGUUUGCUUUUUAGAAACAUAUAUAGAAAAUAAUAGUAUAAAUAAAUUAGAAUUAAUUGAUAAUUUGGAAAAUAUUCUUAAAUUAGCUUAUAUUCCCUAUGAUGAUUUCAUUUAAUAAGCUAAAUUUGAUAAAUAAAUUUAAAAAUAUAAAAAAUAUUAACCUUUAAAAAUUUCGAAAUUAUGUAUAAGUCUUUUAAAAGACAUAAAAUGUGAUUUUAAUUUAAUAUCUGAUAAAAUUGAUAUUAUUUAUAAUUAAAUUACUAAUAAUUCUCCUUUUAUUGAACAUAAUAUUGAAAAUUCAUAAAGUGCAUUCUUAUAAUAAAUAAAUAAUGCACAAAACAUUAAAAAUAAAUUGUAUAAAUUAAGUAUUAACUUUAUUAAUUGUUAAGCUAUUAUUUAAUUCUUUAAAAUACUAAAAUCUUUGACUUUUAAAUAAUACAAUAUAUUCAUCACAUCUAAUUAAAUGAAAAUAAUUAAUUUCCUUCUUAAAAACAGCUUAAUGUAAGAUAUUUUAAAACCUAUAAGUGUCUAAUAUAUAAUGGAAUUUUAAGAAAGAAUUUAUUCUUAAGAAAAAGAUAAAAUGAAAAUUAAAUUACAUUGCUAAUCUAUUUCUUUACUUACCAUGUGCUGUAAAUAUUAUAGGUUAGGAAUUUAAGAAGUAUAAAGAUUUAUGAUGUAUAACGUUUUAAAAAGUGUUAUUUUAUAUGAAAAAACACCUUAUAUUAUAAAAAGAAUUUAUUUACGAUGUUUAUUUGAAGCUUAUAUAAAUAAAAUAUAUGAUAUUGAAACAAAUAUAUCAAAUGAGACUAUAUCUGCUUAAGAUUUAAAUGAAAUUUUAAUUAAUGAUAUAAUUCCUUAAUUAGAUAAAACAAAUAUAUUUAGAUACAUGGAUGGCCUAAUAAAAAUAAAGAGAUGUGAAAACACAGACUAAUUAUAUGAUGUAAGAAAACAAUUAAUUAAAGAAAAAAUUUUAUAUUUUGAAAAAAAUCUCGAAUUUUAAACUCUUAUUCAUUACGAGAAAAGUAUGUUAAAUGUUGAUUAUUUUAAAAGAAAAUAUAAUUGUAUAUUGGAUGAUUGCUAUGAGUUUUGGAAAUAUCUAUUUAAAGAUGGAGUUGCCCAUUUUAUUAUUGACUGUUAUGACGAAUCUUUAGAUGAUUUAGAUAAAUAAAACCCCUAAGUAAGUUCAUUAGAUGAUAACUUUUCAAUAAUUAAAUCUAGAGUGACUUAUUUGAGAGAAACUUUUGAUAUUCUCGAAAAAGAUUUCAGAGUUAGAAAAGAAGAUAUUAAUUUAGAUUACUAUAAAUAAUUUCUUAAAUAAUUAGAAGAAAUUAUUCCUUCUAAAUAAAUUAUAAAAGUUGGAUAUUAAUUUAUUAUUAAAAAGCAACCUGGUAUAAUAGGAUAAAAAAUCAAUAAAAAAUGUAUAUCAGAAUAUGAAAUCAUAUGUGAAAGGUUAUUAAAAUUAUUAUAAUUAAUGUGUGAAAAUGUAAAUACGAAUUUCCAGAAAUUCUUCAGAAAAUAAACUGAUGAUAAAAUAUAUAUGAUUUCAAAUUAUAAUCUUGUAUUAGAAGUUUCUAAUUUACUAUGUCUUUUUCUUGAAGAUGAAUAGCUUUCUAUCAUAAGAAAAUCAAAUCUUAUUAUGUAAUUUUUAGAUACCUUAAAUGAAUUUUCAACUGGAGAAAAUGAUAAUUAGAAAAUAAUAUGCCAAAAUAAGAGACUUUUUAAUUAUAUAAAUGAUAAAAUAUUCAAAAAUUAAAUAAGCUUUAAAAUAAAAGGUCGAGAAGUGGCUCAAGACGAUAGUUAAUCUUAUUAAUUAAAUUUACUUUCGAGUUCAUAUAAAUUCUUACUAACAAUUAUUGUAGGGAAUAACGAUAAAGAUGCUUUGAAAUAUAUCCUAGAAUAAAUAGACCUUAAUUAAUAAAUAAGUUUACUAAAAUAAAUAUAUGAUGAGAGAAUAAAACCCAAAAAAAGAUAAAUCAUUUUAGAAGACGAAUGUUACCAUGACCAAAAAUAAGUUUAUAAAAACAAUAAAAUAUACUGCAAUGAAAGGUAUUGUCAAUAUGGAAAAGUUAUUGACGAAGAUAAAUUAAUAAUUGAAAUCGGAUUUAAUAUAUUUAUAAUUUUUAGUUAUUUAAAAGAAAGCUUCCCAGAAAAAAGAGACUUACAAAUAUUCCUUGAUGAAGACAUAGAAGAAGACGAAAAUCAAAAAGAUGAUGAAGGAAAAUAAAAAUAAUUUGUAAAAAAAGAAGAAAAAUUAAAUAAAUAAAUUUAUAAUGAGAAAAAAUAUUAAACUUUAUUAUAAAAAAAUUUUUCUUAAAGAAAUUCUUUUUUAACUUUACAAUAAAAUAAAAAUGAGGAUUAUUAAAAAAAUAAAACUACUGCUACAACUGCUAGAAAUGAUAAAAAUAAAUAAGAAGAAAGUCAAUUUAAACGAACUGAUGAGUUCUUUAAAUUUUAUAUUAGAUUUUUAGGUUGUACUGAAAUUGUUAAUUAAAAAAAUGAAAUUGUUAAAGUUUAUUUUAAAAAACCUUUCAUUAGUGCUUUCUUAUCAGAAAAUGUUAAAAACCAUUUAAUAUUUUAAUCAUCACGUGAAACAAAUAAUGAAAGAUUAGAAUUUUUAUUAAAUUAUAAAAAUUUUUAUUAAUUAUAAUUAAAUAGAAAAUAAGAAAUACAAAAAUAGAGUAAAAUAAUAUCAUUCUUCUGCAACAACUGGCGUAUAUUCAAAGACAUAUCAUAUUUUUUAGUUAUAAUAAUCACAAUAACAGUAAUAACAACAUACGAAGAUAAGAAUGAUGGCGAUGGUAUAGUAAUUCUACAAUGGGUAGACUAAUUAAACUAAGUUAUAACAAUAAUCUAACUAAUAAUAAGUUUUAUAGUAGUAAUAUUUUGCGCAUAUGAGCGUUAUCCGAUUUCCAUUCAUAAAUUUGCUCAAGACGAAGCAUCUGAAAAGAUCGAAAUAAUAAAAGAAAAUGCUGGAUUUUUUAAAUAGUCAAUAAUCGAUUAAUUUAUGGUAAUUUUCUCUCAAAUAAAAAACACAUUAACUCCAGCAGUAGCUUCCUAAAAUAUAUUCGUUGGAUUAAUUUUGGUAUGUCUAGAUUUCGAAAAUGUAUAUAAUUUAGUAUAUUUAAUACUUACUUUUUAUGCUUAUUUCUAACCUUUAGUUUAUUCUUUUAUUCUACUUGAUAUAGUUAAAAGAAGUGAAGAUUUAUAAAACGUUAUUUCCUCUAUUACAAAAAACGCAACUAAUUUAUUAAAAUUUGUAUGCUUAGGGCUUAUUAUUUUAUAUAUCUAUGGAAUUAUUGCUUUUUAGAAUUUUCCUUAAUAAUUUGAUGAAGAAGCAGGGGCUUAUUCUUAUAAUUUCAUUAUUGCAAUUGCUUCUACUAUUAAGGAAGGAUUAAAAAGUGGAGGAGGUAUGGGUGAUGCUUUAAAACCAGUUAGUUAUGUAAAUGAUGGAUCUAAUAUUAUAUGGCAAAGAUAUGCGUUUGAUUUGAGCUUUUUUGUUAUUAUUAAUAUGCUUUUUAUUUAAAUUAUUUUUGGUAUUAUAUUAGAUACUUUUGGUUAACUUAGAGAUAAUAGAAAUGAACUUUUAGAUAAAAUUUAUAACUAUUGCUUUGUUUGUGGAUUAAAUAGAGAUGAUAUUGAUUCUUAAGAAGAAAAAGGAUGGUAUAAUCAUAUUUAUAAAUACCAUAAUUGCUAUUAAUUACUAUAUUAUUUAAUAUAUAUUGAGAAAAAAAAUGAAAAUAAUUGCGAUUCAUUAGAAAAGUACUGCAAAAAAUUAAUGGAUUUAAAAGAUAUAAGCUUUUUGCCUAUAGAAAGAACAUAUGAAAUAGAAUAGAAUUAAAAAGCUAUUAGUAAUGAAAAGGAAGAAAUUUGA